UGCAGGGGCCGAUGGGUAAUGGAGGGCGGGGGUCACAAAAUGGCCGCCCCUGGCCAGUGGGAGCGCUUGAGGCCGCUGCGGCCGGACACGCUGCGUGUGAGUGAGCCACCAAUGCUCAACUUGAAUCUGGACGAUGACGUGCAGUUUGUAAGAAGAACUCUGAAGGUUAGAAGGCCUCGAUUUGAUGCAUCCUUGGUUUAUUUGACCCGAAAAUUCAUGGAUCUUGUCAAAAGAGCUCCAGAUGGUGUCCUUGAUUUAAACGAAGUAGCAACAACUCUUGGAGUACGAAAAAGAAGAGUAUAUGACAUCACCAACGUGUUGGAUGGAAUUCACUUAAUUCAGAAAAGAUCUAAGAAUCUUAUCCAGUGGGUAGGUUCUAAUCUUGACCAAGUUGUUGGAAAGGCAGCAGAGCAGCAAAACCUUAAAGAUGAACUUUCUGACUUGUCAGCCAUGGAAGAAGCUCUGGAUGAAUUAAUCAAGGAUUGUGCUCAUCAGUUAUUUGAUCUAACAGAUGACAAAGAAAAUGCAAAACUAGCUUAUGUGACAUAUCAAGAUAUCCGUAGCAUUCAGGCGUUUCAGAAACAGAUUGUGAUUGCAAUCAAAGCUCCAGAAGAAACCAAACUGGAAAUACCAAUUCCUAAGGAAGAUUGCAUAGAAGUACAUGUAAAGAGCACAAAAGGACCCAUUGAUGUGUAUCUGUGUGAGGUGGAACAAGAUAAGCCAGGUGCCAAAACUUUUGAAAAUAUGAAUGCUGUCAAAUCUGAAACUGAGCCAUCAGUUCCUCCUGGUGAAGAGUGAGAUUCCAAAAAAUAAAAAAGUAAUAUAUAUAUAUAUAUAUGUGUAUAUAUACACUGAGAUAGAAGAUGAAUUACAGCUCAAAGGAUGAAUUACAACUCAAAAUCAAAUACAGAAUGUAAAUAUCUGUUAUAGAGUUUUUCCAAAGCUCUUGGAACUGCGAACUUACCGACCCAAACUGCUCCGGGGUGUUUUUAAUUUAAAACAGCAGUGGAUUGAAUGGUUUCACAGGACUGUUUUAUCUUCCCAAGUCAGAAGACGGUUCCUAGAUUUGCUUUUAGGAGCUUUGUUUUCAUAAUUGCAUGUGAUCUACAGAGCUUUGGGAAAGUGGUAUUUUUAGCUUAUGAAAUGACUUUAAUUGAUGGAAAACAUAAUGACUCCUAAAAUGAAGGUUUGGAAACUGUUUCUGGAACAAUCCACAAUCCUUCUGAGAAUGUAUGUAAUAAAGAAAUGCACUUUUCAGUUCUGAGGCUGCACUACUGCUAAGCAGGAUCGUCAAAUACAGAUGAAGAAAUAGCUUGAUGCAUCAGAAGCCUUCCCUAUAAGGAACAAGAUGUAAAUACUACGAGAGUUACGCCUUACACUGUGUAGAUGCUGUUUGCAUUGUUUGCAUCCAGCUCUGCAUUAACUAUGGUAUCAACACUGAAGUUAAAUAAGUGGGCUUUUUGUAUAUCUGUAUCAUGUCUGGGUAGUUACUGAUGUAGAUUUAUUGAGGUGGUUUGCAUCUCUGCCUUUGUACAGCAAAGAAAUAAAAUAAGCUUAUAAAACAUAAAGUGGCCAGUUUAAUUAAACGUGAUGGUUAGUUGUUAAUGUUUGUUCGCCGAGUGAAUUCUAACAUUUUAAAACUGAUAUGGAAAAAAAAAUUUAAUUGUUAAAUGCAGUGCUGGCUGCCCCUUGCUUGACCUAAUUCUUGUGAUGAUGCUUCUGAAGAUCACUACAAUACUGUAACACAAUUAACAGUAAACACUUAAACUGGUCACUCUAGGGUCUAGAAUUUCUAUAUAGUGUAGCCCUAGCCUGUUACCACACCCUAUUGUGGCUUCAGUUUGCAAGUACUGUUAGAUACUUUAGAACUUAGUGAAGAAAUACUUGAGAGUUUAGAAUGCGUCCAACUUCUGUAUUUAUCCACCUUCAGUAUGUGUAAAAUGAGACUUCAGAGUGUCGAGGCUGGGUCUUUGUAUUGGUUUUAGGGGACAGGGUGUUCCAGAAGGGACGUGCUGCUGGCGAAAGCAAGUGUGUGUGAUGCUGGUGGUGGCUCUGUCAUAACAUUCAAGCAAGGAUACAAAGUGUUGCACAGCAGCUGUGAGAGAGGAGUGAGAAAAAUUUGAAACAACCCACCAGAAAUCAAGGUCAGUAUCAAGGUCAGUAGAGAACGAGGGGGCGGAGGUGCUCCAAGUACCAGAGCAGAUUACCCUGCAGGUGGUAGGGAGGGUCAUGGUGGAGCAGGCUCUCCUCCCAUAGCCUGUGGAGGACCCUGUUGGGGCCAUUCUCCGCACUGCAGUCUGCAGAGGAGCCUGUGCUGGAGCAGGUGGAUGUGCUCUGAAGGAAGCUGCAGCUUGGGAAGAGUACACACAGAAGCAGCUUCUGGCCAGAGCUGCAGCCUGUGGAGAGGAGCCCACGCAGGACCAGGGAGUCUAGGGGGAGCUGCCGCCCGUGGGGGACCCGUGCUGGAGCAGUUUGCUCCUGGGGGAUGGACCCCGUGGUACGGAGCCGUGUGGGAGCAGUUCUUGAAGAGCUGCUGCCUGUGGGCAGCCCCCGCAGGCUCAGUUUGGGAAGGACGGCAUCCCGUGGGAGGGACCUCACGGGGAGCAGGGGCAGAGAGUGACCGUGAAGGAGCGGCGGAGAUGAAGUGUCAGGAACUGACUGCAGCCCCCAUUUGCCUGCACCACUCCAGAUGGAAGUAGAAUAAUUGAGAUUGAACUUGAGCCUGGGAAGAAAAGGGCUGAAGAGAAGGUGGGUUUAGUUUGCUUUUAGUUCUCAGUGUUCUAGCCUGUUAAUUGACAACAAAUCAGUCUUUCCCAAGCUGAGUCUGUUUUGCUUAUGAUGGUAACUGGUGAGUGAUUUCUCUGUCCUUAUCUCAACUCACAAGAUGUUUUUUAAUUUAUUUUUAUUUUCUCCCUGCCCUGCUUUGGAGGGGGAGUGAGAGCACGGCUUGGUGGGCACAGGGUGAGUAGCCAAGAUCAACCCAAUAGUCUUCUGAGUGAAUUAACUUGUAACUGUACAAAUGCCAUGCAUAUGCUUGUUUCUUUUUACAUUUAAAGUGUAUUUCAUAGUUUCCUGUGUGUG